AGAGUUUUAAAAAUGAAUUUGACUUUGUUUUUCAAACAUAACUGUCAAGUUGGUAGAUUUAUAUGAUUUAUUUAUUCUUUGGAGAGUUUAUGUACGGUGAAUAUAGAUUUAUAUAAACUUUAUGCGUAGGAGAAAUAUAUUUGUGCGUUGUAUAGGUUUUAUAGCUCGCAAGUUUAGAGCUCUCCAGGAAGUAUGGAUACUGCCGUGGUGGGGCGGCGGGGGAUUGGUCACAGCCCCUCUUUGGGCUCUCGAUGCAUUCGUGCUAGUUGUAAAGAUUUGUUCAACGUGUGCUAUGGCGGUGUUCAGAGUUUUCAUACCGCCUGCGAUGAAGAGUUUGUACGGAGAAACUGUAUUGAUAACUGGCGCAGGCGGAGGGAUAGGACGAGAGCUGGCUAUUCAGUUCGCAGAGUUGGGUGCCACAGUUGUAUGCUGGGACAUUGAUGCCAGACGAAACAAUGCUGUUGUCAAUGAAAUCAGGAAGAAGGACGGAGAUUGUUUCGGCUACACAGUAGAUGUAACAGUACGAGAACAAGUGUUGGCUCUGGCGGCACACAUGCGACGGCAACUGACGGAUAUUUCUAUAGUCGUGAGCAACGCGGGCGCCUUGACCUGCGCACCGCUAACUAACUUACGACCUGAAACUGUAGCCAGACUCGUUGAGGUCAACCUUUUGGCACAUUUUUGGGUCAUCCAAGCGUUUUUGCCAAAUAUGAUAGAGCGUCAACAAGGACACAUAGUUGCGAUCAACUCCAGCGCUGGUCUGAUGCCCUGUGCUGAUAUGGUGCCUUAUUGCGCGGCUAAGUUUGGACUUAGAGGUUUAAUGGACUCACUGAGCGAAGAGCUCCGUCUGGACACGUGGACUAAGAACAUAAACACCACAUCAGUUUACUUGGCGUCUAUUUCCACGGGUCUCUAUCCACCACCUACCCACCGGUUUGUCUACUGGUAUUCUGAGAUCACAGCGCAAGAGGCCGCGAGAAUUAUAAUUGAAGGUAUUCGUAAAAAUAAGAAGUGUAUCAGCAUACCUUCACUGAUGAAAUCGCUCAUAGACCUUAACAACCUUAUGCCGUACAGGAUAAGGAUCAUUUUCGCUGAUUUCUUCAAUUUUGGACAUCGAGGCUGGUUUUGUUUUUGCUAAAAUGUAACUAAUACUAAGCUUGUUCUUGU